AUGAAUCCAGAUGAAACUAUUGCUUAUGGUGCUGCUGUUCAAGCAGCUAAUUUAACUGGUGAUAAAUCAGAAGAAACUAAAGAUUUAUUACUACUCGAUGUUGCAGCAUUUUCAUUGGCAAUUGAUGGUGUUAUGACAACAUUAAUUAAACGUAAUACAACAAUUCCAACAAAACAAACGCAAACAUUUCCAUUAACAUCAUUUCCAACGAGUCAAUUAGGAAUCACUAUUAAAGUAUUUGAAGGUGAAAGUUCAAUGACAAAAGAUAACAAUUUACUUGAUAGUUUUGAAUUCUCUGACAUUUCACAAAAUUCUAAUGAUGGAUUAGAGAUUGAUGUUACAUUUGAUAUCGAUGCAAAUAAUAUUUUAAAUGUUUCAGUUAGUGAUAAAACUUCUGGAAAAGAAAAAAGAAUGCUAAUUACAAAUAAAAAAGAACGUGUAUCUAAAGAUGAAAUUGAACGUAUGAUUUCUGAUGCUGAAAUAUAUAAAAAAGAAGAUGAGAUACGAUGUAAUCGUAUUGAAGCUAAAAAUUCAUUAGAAUCAUAUUGUUUCAAGAUGAAAACAACAAUUAAUAAUGAUAAAUUAAAAAAUAAAAUUAAUAUUUAUGAUGAAAAGAAAAUGAUCGAUAUUCUUGAAAACACAUUGACAUGGUUAGAAAAAAAUCAGUUUGCUGAACAAGAAGAAUUUAAAUAUAAAUUAAAUGAAGUUGAAAAAUUAUGUUCAUCCAUAAUGAUGAAAUCUCAUUUAAAUGCUGGAAAAAUGUCAGAAGGAUUUUCUCAUGAUCAACCAAAAGACAAGAUUAUUCCUCCUGUUAAUGCUACAUCAAACAUCUCGAUAUCAUAUUCACGUUUUCUUGAUAUUCGAAAUGAACAUCAAUAUAUGCUCUUAUCAAUCGAAGGAUAUAAAAACAUACCUCUCUUAUUCUUAGAAGAUACUAUCAAACAUUUGGAGAAUAUGAUUCCAAAUGUAAGACGAAAUGCAUGGAUUGCAAAAGAAAGAUCUAUUACUGUUGCUGAUGGACUUACUCAAGAUGAAUCAGCUGCUAUUCAAUUGUACACAAUGGAAUGGAUACCAAGUGAUCAAUCAUUCUACAUUCAUAUCAAUACUGCUCUACGAGAAGCAAAUCGAGAUAAACUCAUUCCAUUUCUCUGCUAUCUAAAACUUGUUCUAACGGCUCUGUGGAAACUUCCGCCAAUGAAAGCAACAGUAUGGAGUGGUGUUAAAGGUGAUUUAAGUACUCAAUAUUCAAUUGGCAAGGAGUUCGUCUGGUGGGGAUUCAGUUCUUGCAGUGAAUCACGUCAGUUUCUUGAACAAGAGAAAUUUCUAGGCAAGACCGGUGUAAAAACAUUAUUUCGUAUCGAAUGUGAAACUGGCAAGUCUAUUCGUGCUCAUUCAUAUUGCAAAACAGAAAAUGAAAUUCUGCUUUUACCAGCCACACGACUGCAAGUAAUCAGUCAAAUGGAUUCUAGCAAUGGUGCAAUUGUUAUUCAUUUGAAAGAGAUUAAAUCUCCAUUUCCUCUACUUCAAUCACCAUUCACUUAA